AAUAUUGAUUGGCAGAUACGAAUGACUUCUAAACUUCAAUAUGCACAUGACUCCGGUCCACACCUAAUAAAACAUAUAUUGCCCAUAUUCUUCCGUCUCUCCCCACUCUUCACCGCACAGUUCUUGCACACUUCCAUCUUUCCAGGGGAGAGAAUAUCCACGACCAACAAUGUGGGCUGUUGAUUUGCAAGUAAUGUUAGUGGUGGGUUUAUUGGUUAUGUUACAGCUUCAACAGUCUUUGCAACUGAGAUCUAGUCAUCCAAUGCAUGGGGUUGUGGAUAAGAUCAAUGAGAAAGCAGGACCUUAUAUUGGGCUAGUGAUGACUUUUCCUACUGAAGAACUUGCACUUAUAGACUCUGCUUUCUUUGUUCCCAGCUCGGAGAUCCCAUGGGUUGACUUGGCUGGAAGGAGGUUCAACAUUGGGACUAUUAAAGGUGAAGAUGUAAUUUAUGUGAUGACUGGAGAGCAAACAGUGAAUGCAGGUAUGACUGUUCAAAUCCUACUUGAUACAUUUGAUAUCAUAGGAAUUGUUCAUUAUGGGAUUGCUGGAAGUUCUAAUGAUUCAGUGUACAUUGGUGAUGUUAGUGUCCCAAAUUAUGUUGCCUAUACAGGAUCUUGGACAUGGAAGGAAUUCAGGUCAGCAGAGGAGAAUGUAACAGAAUUGAAUUUUGGUAAUUUCAACUUCCCUGAGAAGGGAGAGAAUUUGUUGGCAAUGAUAGACUUCACUCCACAGCAAUUGUACUCUGUUGGAAAACCAAUGGAAGAGGUUUUUUGGCUUCCAAUUGAUCCAAAAUUAUUCAAUAUUGCUUCUGAACUUCAGGAUGUAAAGCUAAAACAAUGUGUCAGUGAGACAUAUUGUCUACCUGAAACACCAAAGGUUGUAUAUGGAUUGAGAGGUUCUACUGCAGAUAUAUACCUUGACAAUGCAGCUUAUAGAGAAUUUCUCUUCAAAGCAUUUAAUGUCUCAACUGUUGAUGAAGAGAGCGCUGCAAUUGUAAUGACAUCUCUAUCAAAUGGAGUGCCUUGUAUUGUGUUUCGUGGUGUAUCAGAUUAUGCAGGCGGAGAGGGAUUACUGUCAUCAACGAGCCUUACUUAUUUGGCUGCUGUGAAUGCUCUCAGUGUUGCUGUUGAGUUUAUUGGAUUAUUUGGCGAGGAAGCUCCACGACCACUGAAAGUGGACACCAUUUGAGGCUAGAGAAAUAUUGCUAAAUAUGUAAACAAAUUAUUUAAUUUUCAUAAAGUAAUGUCCUAAAAUAUUUAGCAAUGCCCCAUGUUGUACAGUCAGUACUGAUUUCUAGAAGGUCUUGCCCUGCCUAUGAGGUGUGAGAGUUCUUAAGUGUGACCUGUGAAUGUUACCAUAUCCGCCAUGUGAAUGACUCUCUUGGGAGCUGUCUGGUGUGGACACAUCUAGUUGUCCUACACAUGGAUCAGCGAAUACACCACUGAAUCUAGAGCUAAGGUGAAGAGUGGAAGCCCCCACUUCCUUUAGGUCCAAGAAACACUCUUGGCCCUUACUUAGAGGUCCAACUUAACAGUACAGUAACUAGCUAAUCAGCGAUACUAACUGACUCAACUCAACAGCCUUGGCACAACUCAGCAGCCUUGACAUAGUUUGACCAGUACAUUUGGAGGUAUUAGUAUAGU